GUACAAAGAUGAGGAUUGUGUAAUACGUUACAUCAGCUAGAUUAUACUUCAUACACUCUGAGGAGUAAUAAUGACACUUGAAGAGGGGUAGGGGGUUAGGAGUCAAGUGUUAAUGCAGUUUUGAAAAAGGUGCUUGAAGUAAUUUUUCUGAAAACUGUCAGAGAAGAAGGCUGAGGCAGGGAUGUAAAAGCAGUCCUAUAAGGCUAUUCAAAUGUUCCUGUUAGGAAAUGAAGGAUUCUGGGGUUGUCUCGUCAUCUCUGUGCAUUGAGAAUAACAAGAUGACGUAAAGUGGUUAUUGUUAUAUAAUAGGGAAUUUCUUCACUAAUGGUAUAAUGUGUGAGUCACCCAAAACAAACAAAAAUAUGCUGAAAUAUUACAAUGUGUUACUGAGAAACUGGCAGAUUAAAAUGCAAUCAGUGUUAUCAUUCAAAUACAGCUGAUCCAUGUUUUACGUAUUAUUGGUUUUAAACAGUCAUCUCCCUAUAAAUGAUGGAUCAAUCACAAUCACUGCAAAGUAACUUGUAACUAAGGCUGAUAAUUAAACACUUUGGUGGUGACUGUGGUGGUGGAGUAGUGUCAAAAUAUAUGUAUAUAGUGCAUAUGAGAAAAGAAAAUCAAGGCGUGAUGGACAUUUUUAAAAUUGUUAUUCCAGAGUAGUUAAAAACACCAUGUCCAAACAAGGGAGAAAAAAUCUAAACAAAACACCCACACUAGUUCCUAUGAUUUAGAAUUAGCAUAUCUUGGCUGUGAUUGUGCAUGGUUAUGCAUUAACGGCUCAAUGCUCUGACACGCUCCUUCUCAGUAGCUGUGCGCUCAGGCUGGGAGGCACGCUGGAGUGGCCGACACAGGGAUUAACAGGACCGAGCGUUACAUGGCCGUGAUACCUGUAGAGCACUCGCGAACAGAGCGGUGCUUACAAAUGACUGCUGCACAAUUUUCUGUUGCUUUUUGCUGCCUUGCUGUGUUUCCCAGAAUAAAACGGACUUGUGUAAGGCAGCAGAGCUCAGCAAGGCACAGCAAAGGACUUGCGAGAGACAGAUCCACUUCUGUGAGGUGAGGUAUAAUUUUGAGCAUUGAUCCUUGUUCUCUUCAUCUUCAGUGAGCCUGCUCUCAUAUGCCGAUUCAAGGCUUUUCUGUUUUUGUGCCCUCCUCCGGAGCCUGUCAUCAUUGUGACAUGCUGCUUCGAAACCCUCUUGUCAGCUAUCGAACGGCUCAUUCUGGCUCUUAGCUGUGGAUGAGACAGGGACACUGGCCAGGAUGGAGAGAUGAGUGAAACUGUGCUGGGGAUUUGGAUCACUAUAUUGGUGGGUGUGGAAGUAAGUCCAGGACACCUGGAUGUAUUUCUGGAUGGGGAUUUUUAUCCAUGGAGAACAGUUCAGUUAACCCUGAUUUCUCAGCACAAGACCUCAGUGGCUUUCCAUUCAACGAUGUCCCUGAAAUGUGAGCUUUUGCUGCAAAGGAGAACUGGUUAAGGUCUGUAACAUCUAGUGCUACCUGAAGAGCUCGUUCACUGACUUCUGCCAGCAGGUGCCAUGGCUGACUCUCACUUGUCUGGGACCUUAGGGAGCUACAACGGCAGCUCCACCAGCGCCUGGAACAUCACCGGCAGCGGCCCUUGGUUGUUAGCUUUUAUGCUGACCAUCAUCAUCCUAAUGACCAUCUGUGGCAACAUGUUGCUAAUUGCGUUGGUGUUUGCCCAUCGCUCUCUGCGCUGCACCUCAAACUGCUUCCUGGUGUCUCUGUUCUUCUCCGAUCUAAUGGUGGCAUUGGUGGUCAUGCCCCCAGCUAUGCUCAACGUUCUGUGCGGGGCCUGGGUGCUGUGGCCUGCGUUUUGCCCGGUUUGGCUUUGCUUUGAUGUGAUGUGCUGCAGCGCGUCCAUCCUGAACCUGUGCUUGAUCAGCCUGGACCGCUACCUCUUCAUCAUCUCGCCCCUGCGCUAUAAGCAGAGGAUGACCCCGCCUCGGGCGUUAAUCCUUGUAGGGGCUGCUUGGGGGCUAGCAGCAUUGGCUUCCUUCCUGCCCAUUCAGAUGAAAUGGCACAGCUUGGGCCACAGGAGCGGACACUCAUCUGUUCUUGGGGUCAGCACUGGGAACAUCAGCUCCUACUCUGACAAACUGUACCCAGAAUCCUACUUUCAGCUGUCACCUUCAGGUGGCCUUUCUUUCCAGUGUCGUCUGCGGGUGACCCUGCCCUUUGCUCUGGUGGCAUCUGUGCUCACCUUCUUUCUGCCCUCCAGUGCCAUUUGUUUCACCUACUGCCGGAUCCUUCUGGUGGCACGCAGGCAGGCGAAGAGGGUGGCGGCGCUGAGCCACCCGCCUCACCCGCACCCUUCUCUCGGAGAACCCUCCCGGCCUCCUUCGCCGGGCAUUGCAGCAGGGCAAGCUCAGCAGGACGGAGAUGACUGCAGCCAUUUGGAGCCUCCUGUGUCACAAAACAUGCCGCCGUCAGUGAACAGCGAGCGUCGCCUGGCUCACAGGCAGGGUCGGAGGGCACUCAAGGCCAGUCUGACUCUGGGAGUCCUCUUGGGACUCUUCUUCAGUGCUUGGCUGCCUUUCUUCAUCACCAACAUGGCAGAGGCAGUGUGUGAGUGCGUCCCCCUUGCGCUCUUUGACGCCAUAACCUGGCUGGGCUACUGCAACAGUACGAUCAACCCCAUCAUCUACCCGCUGUUCAUGAGAGACUUCAAGCGAGCUCUGGGGAAGCUGUUGCCCUGCUGUUCUUCGCGGUCGCCCCGAAGACCCUCACCGGCGCUCUCGCUCUCUCUGCGUAACUCGGGAGAGCCCAACAUUGCCAGCAACCCACCCUCACCUCUGGCUUCUGACCCCACGCACCCGCCCGCCACCGCCACUGAUGCUGUCAAUCUGCUGGAUGCCGAGCACGCUGGGCUUGAGUUGCCUCUCCUUCUCCCCAACCAGGUUGACACUUUGGACUGAAUAGUACUUAAAGAUAGCUUAUAGGG